AUGCCCCCCAAGUUUAAAUUCACCGAAGGUGAAAAAGUGCUUUGCUUUCACGGUCCGCUGUUGUACGAAGCCAAACUGCUUCGAUGCGCGAUGAUGAAAGAAAAGCAGGUAAAAUACCUGGUGCACUAUGCCGGAUGGAACAAAAACUGGGACGAGUGGGUUCCAGAGAGUCGCGUCCUGAAGUACAACGAAGCAAAUCGCCAGCGGCAACAGGAAGUCCAUCGGUUACAUUCACCUUUAGUGAAGAACAAGAAAAGCAGUACAAAGACGAAAAAAUCGGACGCACAGGGUGGAAACAAUAACCAGAGCAAAGACAGCGAUUCACGAGCUUCAACACCAUCGAAAGAAGUGACGAAAGAGAAAGAAUCGGUGACACUAUCCAUCAGUACACCUUCUACGUCGACGACAGUGUCCACUACAACCGCUACCAGCGGCAGUUCGUCAGGAACAUCUUCGUCUACAGGAAGGAACAGAUCGUCCCUUAAGUCUACAGCGACUAGUGCUAGUGUUGCUUCGUCGCCUAGCUCCACCUCAUCGUCGACAUCUUCAACUUUAGUGGCCUCUACCGUAACGGCAACAACUGCACCCACAUCAAACGGAAAAGAGAGCAAACCAUCAGAAACAAAGGAUUCAAGUGAAAAAACAAAAGAAGAAUCAUCUAGUGAGCAAAGCAGUUCCAAAGCGAAAAAACGCGGACGGAGCGAUACAAAUUCGUCCAAUGUAGAAUCGGAGGAUCAGUUCAUUUCGAAAGUGGAGGUAAAAAUUAAAAUCCCUGACGAAUUGAAGGUGUGGUUGGUGGACGAUUGGGAUGCAAUAUCGCGCCAGAAUAAGUUGCUGGAAUUACCUGCUAAGGCGACAGUUCAGGAGAUAGUAGACAACUACGUACAGUACAAGAAACAGAGCAAGCUAACGACGGCCACCAAGGAAACGGCCGUGGCAGACAUUGGUAAUGGAAUAGUUGAAUAUUUCAACGUUAUGCUGGGCUCCCAGCUGCUCUACAAAUUCGAGCGACCACAAUACGCGGAAAUGAUACAGGCGCAUCCAGGGGUGCCGAUGGCUAAAAUCUACGGUUCCGUGCAUUUGCUUCGACUCUUUGUAAAGCUGGGACCUAUGCUAGCCUUUACCUCUUUGGACGAAAAAUCAAUACAAACUUCCUUGGGUCACGUUCAGGAUUUUUUGAAAUAUUUGGUAAAGAAUAGCAGUACGUUAUUCAACAUGCAGCACUACGUAAAUACCAGUCCCGAGUACCAUCGGAAGGCCUUGUAA